GGAAAAGCGGAAGAAGCAGCGCGGGCCGGCCCCCUCGAGAGGACAAGCAGGCCCCGUAGACGCGGAGCCCCCGCGUGAAUCCGCCCCUGCGCUUCCCUGCGUGACCGAGGCGCCGGCGCCGGCGCCGGGCGAUGGCGGCCCUGCAGGGGGCCUUUCCAGGGGGAGGAGCCGCUCCCCCGCCGGCCGAGUUCCUGCCCGGCCCGCUCGCACGACCCUUCCGGCCCGCGGGGAGCGCCAUGGACGGACUGGGGGACAGCGGCGGACCGGAGGGGGUUCCCCGCCGGCUCGGCCUCUGCGCGCCGCCGCCCAGGAUCCGCGCACGGCUGCCCGCGGUGGGCCGCAGCAGCAAGAAGCGCCGCGUGGACGGAGAGCCCGACGGCUGCCCGGAGGCCAAGAAGAGGCUGGCGGAGGCGGUGCCUGCCUUGGAGGAGUGGCUCCUUGUCGCGGGCCAGCCGUCCGGCCCGGGACUCUCUCCACAGGGCCAGAGCCACCUGCCUGGCCCGCUGGACAUUCCCUGGGAAGAGAUGGAGCAGUCGGCGGGGGAGCUGCAGUGCGAGGCGGCCCGCAGGAAGCUACAGGAGAUCGAGGACAGAAUAAUUGACGAGGAUGAAGAAGAUGAGAGCACCGUUCCGACAGGGGGUGUCUGCACCCUCCCCACCUUGGUUCUUUCUGACACCCUGAAAACAGGACUGAAGAGGGAUUACGAAGGAGACCUGACGAGGCAAAUUAUCGAGUCCAUGAGCCGCCCCUCCAUGGAGCUGGUGCUUUGGAAGCCUCUCCCAGAGUUCCUCACUGAAAGGACGCCUGUUUCUGUGAAAAACUUCAAGCCGCUGAUCACAGGAAGAUGCCCCACAAAGCCAACCCAGGAAGCUGCCUUUUGCCCACAGACUGCAGUGUUUCCUGAGCAGCCUCAGCAAGAGGAGAUGCCUUCGGAACUCUAUGGCCCCCUAGGGCGCUCUGCAGGUGCAGACGAAGAGAUGGAGUUGUAGGCAAAGAAGAAGGGGCUAAGGCAGGGCUCUCCAGACAUGUUGAGACUGGACUUUUUGGGGGAGGGGACUGUGAGGACCAUAAAGAGUCUAGGGUGGAAUAGUAACAUGUCUGGAACAUGGAACAGAAGAUGCCUUCAGAGUCCCUGUAAAGAAACGUGAUGGGUAGGGUUCGUAUUUUUCCUUUUGGGUGUGACUUUUUCCUUCCCCUUUCAUGGAGUAAAAGUCAGGAUCUGAUGGUGUAGUUCUGGCUUGGACCACCCUCUAUGCCCACUGAGCUACAGGUGUUGUUCUGUUUGGAACUUCAGUGGAGGAUUUUCACCUGCUUUAAAAGGAGUCUCAGUCUUGAGUGUUUGGUUGCCUGCAUUCACUUUUACUGCUGCCCCUUGAGCUGUGUGGCUUAAGUGUUGCUGUGAGGAAAGGGAGGAGAGGGCACCUUGCAGGCAUCCUUGCCUGCUCAAGUGUGGCCUAGAAAUUGUCAAGAGGUGUGGCGGGAUAGAGAGGCCAAACCAGAGAGCUGGCUGCAGGCCUUCGUUUUGGCUGUCAGCAGCACUUUGGCCAAGAGCCAUUUCUAUUGGCUGAUCCUGCUUACUUCCCCCUUCCUCCCCAAGAUUGCUUCAUUGGGUUGAGGGAGGACAAUCUCGGCUGUCAGGACACAGUUGAUGGAUUUGGGCCAACCAUUCUCAAAACCAAUGUCAUACAAGUAUCAGCCUGCCCAGAACAGCAGCUUUAACGUUCAUUUCACCUUGUGCCUCAAUCUGAGCCAAGGCUGAUGUUGCCAGCCCUCCAGUGACAGCUGUCCGAACGCCAUAGAACACAAAGUUGCUUUCCUCUGGAAUGAUACCUCUUGUCUUUUCUCAGAAAAGCAAUUUCCUGACUGCCAGGAAGCUAAAAAGUGGUCUUUUCAUAAAUCCAGAAUUAUCUGGAAGGGCAACAUCAGCAAAACACCCUCACCUGACUUUAAAACCACUCGUUUUUUCCCGUUUUUGCUUCAUUUCCUGGAUGGUCACUUGAGUUUAUGUAUAUGUCCUUUUUGUUGUUGGUUUUUUUUAAUCAAUCCCCCCUACCCACACUCCCUGGCUUCUUCAAAACAUUAGAACAAUUGUACCUAAACAUUUACAUCUUAAUUAAGAGUGGAAACCCUGUGCAUCCACCCCCACACCCCAAUCUUGUUAAGACUGAACUGUCACCUGCAGCCAGCAGGGCUAGUGGUCAAGAGAUUGGAGAUGUAGCCUGGCAACAACUGGUGGGCCAAAGAAGUAUGAGAAAAGCAUUUAUCCCAUUGUUCUUUUCCUUUCUGUUAGUCCUCUAUAUGCAAGCAGUAGUGGCUUUUAAACUGCCCAAGUUUCAUAGGGUGGAGGGAAGGACACAAAGUGGUUAGAAUCAACUGGUCCCACUCUGGUAGCAAGCGCCUCCACAGUUGAUGUGAGAAGACGGUGAAGGCAAAAUAUCUGGCUCUGACAUUGGGUCUUCCAUUGGUCCACAUCCUUGGGAGUCAGGAGUUGGUGGUGGGUUUUUCUUCUUCAGAUGUUGCAGUUGCCAUUCAUGCAGGCUAAAUGCUGUUUAAUGAAGACUAAUUCUGUUGGUGGAAGGCUAAAAUAGGUACAGUAUAUUCCUGCGUAUAAGACUACUUUUUAACCCAGGAAAAUCUUCUCAAAAGUCAGGGGUCGUCUUAUACGCCGGGUCGUAUUUCUUAUACAGUGAGUAUAUCCCAAACUCUAUAUUUUAACUGGAAAAGUUGGGGGUCGUCUUAUACGCCCAGUCGUCUUAUACGCCGGAAUAUACGGGUAUAUAGUAUAUAAAGGAAGAAUUCCUGAAUGCCAGGAUACAGGUUUGGGACAAGUACUCUAUGGUGAGGACGCAAGCAAAGUGUGGGAAUACAGACUAUUAGACCUUUAGAAUAUGCCCUUGUGUGUUCUAAAGGACAACAUAUUUGGUAAGUUUAAAAUGGUUACCUACAAACUCUCCAAAGGUCAGAUUCAUGUGCUUUUCCAUACAGCAGCAGCAUUCAAAAAGUUGCACAGGCUGUAAAACUUGGCUUAGUUACAAAGUGGUGAAAGUUCCUAAAUUAUUGGUAUGGAAACUCAAGGGAGGUUUGUUAGAACCAUGCGGCUAAGCUGGAACACAUGCUGAGCUGUUCAGGGGGCGGGGUGGACAAAUACUUUAUUAUCUAGUCUCUCAAGGUGAGCUAAGCCUGGCAGGACAGCUUAUGUUAGCAUGUUGGUUAUGAGGCUGCUUAUCCCACAAAUACUGGUGAGAGAAGGUGAAUUCUUCUGAUUCUAGAAGUAAAUAUAUCCAGAUCACUUUUAUUUCCCAAUUCAUUUUUGCCAUGGAGACCUGUCUCUGCUUCCUCACGGGAAGAUAAUACCACACAAGUAUAGCUCAGAGGGGAAGUUCUCGGAGUUUGUUUGCUGGUCCAUCCGUUUGAAAUAAGCAACAUUGGAUUGUGGUCUGUCUUUGGUUGGACCAAAUCACAAUGUGUAUGUCAAUAAACUUUUUUAAUGUUUGUAGUAUGCUGUGGGAUGGUCUUGCUGUGUUGAGCACUGAAGGGGUGGUGGAAUAGUUGCAAGUUUCUGCUGGCCUCUGGUGAUGCAAAUCAGCAAGUGACAUUGUGUUGGCAAAAUAAAGGCACCUGCAGUUGCCGUGCAA